ACCCGCUUGUUUAUUUUUUCUCCUGUUGACCUUUUCUUUAAAGUGACGACAUCUGGAGUUACCACUACGACCAGUUGAGUUUCAGCUUGUUCUGCUUCAUGCACCAGGAGUACUACAGGAAAAUGACAGUGGCUCACCAGGCCUUUGUGACUCUGGCCACUACUGAUGCCUACUGUAAGGGGAGUCUAGUGGUGGGCAAGUGUUUACGAAGGCAUGGAACAACUCGAAAAUUGGUGGUGAUGAUCUCUCCCAGUAUUAGCAGAGAGACACGUGUGUCUUUAGAGGACGUGUUUGAUGAGAUCAUAGUGGUGGAUGUGUUGGACAGCAGGGACAGUGCUCACCUCUCCUGGCUGAGACGUCCAGACCUAGGUGUCACUUUCACCAAGAUUCAUUGCUGGACGCUCACACACUACACUAAGUGUGUGUUUCUGGAUGCCGACACACUCGUGUUGGGCAACGUAGAUGAGCUUUUCGAGCGAGAGGAGUUGUCAGCGGCUCCAGAUCCAGGCUGGCCGGAUUGCUUCAAUUCUGGAGUCUUUGUUUUCAGACCCAGCCUGGACACCUACUUACGCCUGCUGAAGCACGCUGACCUGCAUGGCAGCUUUGACGGAGGUGACCAAGGACUUCUAAACUCCUUCUUCAGUGACUGGGCAACAAAAGACAUCAACAAACAUCUACCGUUUAUUUAUAACCUAAGUGCCAGUGCACUGUACACAUACUUACCUGCUUUCCACAAGUAUGGUCAUCAGGCAAGAAUUAUUCACUUCCUGGGUGGAACCAAGCCCUGGAACCUCCAAUACAACCAGCAACCGUCCAGUGAUGUUGAUCCAUUGGAUUUCAGCAGGAAUUUGGAGCGCUAUGUAAAUAUGUGGUGGGAGGAGUACAACAGCCAGACAGGCCAGCAAAGGCAGCAGCCUUUGGCAGCACUACAGACGGCUCCUCAGCCUCAAAGCCAAGAGACGGACUCGGAGUCCCAGAGUAGCGAAGAAGAGACGCUCAGCCAGCCGCAUGGAGAUUUGACUUUGAACGUGCCCGGCUCAAGUUCAUGUUGUCAGCUGGAGGAGAUGAUGGGGAAUGAGCCGAUUUUGGCAAGUUCUGACCUGAGUGAUGCUGAGGAAUCAGAAGGCUCAGAGCUCCAGUACUCAUCCUCUGAUCAGGAAGAAGAAGAAGAAGACAUGGGGACAGAGUCUGCUGAAAAACUGGCUGUAUCGGAACCAGACGCUGAUGCAGUGGAGAGUGAGGAGGAGCGUCGGAGGCAGUGGGAGGAGGGCCGAGCAGAUUAUCUGGGCAAAGACGCCUUUAAAAACAUCCAGAAAAGACUUGACCAGUUCCUAAAUUAGGCAAUACGUCCAACAAAUUCUCAUUUACAUCUGUCUGCUUUCAUUUCAUUACAACAACCUUUUUCUAAAUAACUGCUUCAAUACAGUCGCUCUUGAAAAAAAAUAACAGGCUGUUUAAACUGAAAGUCUAAUAGUCAACUAUACUCAACUUAUUGAUAUGCAACUUUUAUUACUGAUCCGUAUCAUCACUGUUGAAACAAAACCUUGUAUUGCCAAAAGGGUAACUUUGUAAAAGUAGGGAAAAUGUUCUGAACCUUUAAUGCAAGAUUUUGUUUCAGUUCAUUUUGGACCAUUUCUUUUAGUCCAUUUGUGACAAAGUGUUGACAUAAUGUAAGUAAUGGGUGUUAAACAUUUUCUAAUGAUCAAGGUUUUGUUUGGACAGUGAAGAUAUCUUUCUUGUACACAUGACGUAUUUGACAGUAUGUAUUAUUUUCUAUUUAAUUAGCUAUUCUUGAAAUAUAAUCACACUGUAUGUGAGAAUCAUUUUGUACUUUCUGUAAGAUUGCAAUAACAUUGUGCUUUUUUUGCUGUUUCUUCUAGAGCUCAGUUAGAGCCACUGAUCAUUCUGAUCUUAAGAUUCUCAUAUUAUCACAUGACUGUGCAACUGUACACCAAUCCAGUUCAUGUAUGUAUUACGAGAUUCUUAUUAAAAGAAUGUUUUACACUA